UUCAAGUCGGAAGAAGCGCUUUCCAUACGGCCGCCCAGAUGCAGUUCCGACUGUUCUCCUUUGCCCUUGUCGUCCUGAACUGUAUGGAGUACAGUCACUGUCAGUCGCACCGCUGGAAACGAAACAAGCGAGCUAGCUAUGGCGCGUACCCCAUCUGCAAAGGCUGCUCCGUCUGCUCCAAGGACAAUGGCUGCCUCACCUGUCAACCCAAGCUGUUCCUCUUCCUGCGGAGAGAGGGCAUGAGGCAGUACGGGGAGUGUCUUCAUGCCUGCCCAGCUGGCUACUACGGCCUGCGGGCCCCCGACUUCAACAUCUGCUCCAGAUGCAGGAUCGAGAACUGUGAGUCCUGUUUCAGCAAAGACUUCUGCACCAAGUGCAAAUCCGGAUUUUACUUGCACAAGGGCCGCUGUCUCGAGGCCUGUCCAGAAGGAUUCGCGCCCCUGGAGGACAGGAUGGAAUGUGGAGAGGGCUGUGAGGUGGGCCAGUGGAGCGAGUGGGGAACGUGCGCCCGCAGGAACAAGACUUGCGGCUUCAAAUGGGGCCUGGAGACCAGGACGCGGCACAUCGUGAAGAAGCCGCCCAAGGACACGAUACCAUGUCCAACAAUCGCCGAGUCACGGAGGUGCAAGCUGGUGAUGAGGCACUGCAGAGGGUCGGGAAAACAGCAGUCCAGAGAACCAAAGAAAAAGUCAGAGAAGCAGAGGCUCCGGGUUCGAGCGCAGAACCAGCACAGCGACCACCUGGCCACCAUCCGGGCAGGCCAGUGAGGACUGACACCCCCCAGAGAAAAGUGCACAAAAGCUGCUAACCGCUACUCCAUAC